AAUCGUAACAAGUUGAGCUACAAGAAAAAUCCUUUGUUGUACCCUCCGACCGCCCCGAGUACCAAAAACUAGCAGACCGACCCUCCACGAUUGAAUUCUCUCCACACCGCAUUAUUCGAGUCUCCUCGCACGCUUCCGCACGCGACCACACCACACCUUCCAUACAGCGGAUUCAACAUGGCGGACCGACCUCAGAACGUUGGCAUCAAGGCCAUUGAGCUCUACUUCCCUAGUCAGUGUGUCGAUCAAGCAGAGCUUGAGAAGUUCGAUGGCGUUAGCGCCGGAAAAUAUACCAUUGGUCUCGGACAGACCAAGAUGAGCUUCUGCGACGACCGAGAAGACAUCUACUCGUUCGCCUUGACCGCAGUUUCCUCGCUCAUGAAAAAGUACAACAUAGACCCCAACUCGAUUGGCCGACUCGAAGUUGGCACGGAGACGCUUUUGGACAAGUCCAAGUCGUGCAAGACGGUGCUGAUGCAGCUCUUUGAGCCCUCUGGCAAUACCAACAUUGAGGGUGUAGAUACGGUCAACGCCUGCUACGGAGGCACAAAUGCCCUCUUCAACACCGUCGCCUGGGUGGAAUCUUCUGCAUGGGACGGACGUGACGCGAUUGUCGUUGCUGGAGAUAUCGCGCUGUACAAGAAGGGCAACGCCAGACCCACUGGCGGCGCUGGCUGUAUUGCCAUGCUCAUCGGACCAGACGCCCCAAUCGCAUUCGAGCCAGGCCAGCGUGGGAGCUACGUCAAGCACGCAUACGACUUUUACAAGGCCGAUUUGACCAGCGAGUACCCCAUCGUGGAUGGCCACUAUUCCAUCAAGUGCUACACUGAAGCAGUUGACGCUUGCUACAAGGCGUACAACGCUCGCGAGAAGCAGUUGAAGAGCAAGGCAAACGGUCAUGCAAAUGGCGUGAAAGAGCUGGAAACACCUUUGGAUCGUUUCGACUACAUGGCCUUCCACGCCCCGACUUGCAAGUUGGUCUCGAAGAGCUACGCAAGAUUGCUGUACAAUGAUUACCUGGCAAAUCCAGAAGCGGAAAUCUUCAAGGAAGUCCCCGCAGAAAUCAAGGGUCUGACAUACGAGCAAUCGAUAUCGGACAAGACUGUGGAGAAGACGUUUGUGACUUUGGCCAAGAAGCGCUUCGCUGCGCGUGUGCAGCCAGCCAUCCAGGUCCCCACGCAGUGUGGAAACAUGUACUGCGCAUCUGUAUAUGCCUCGCUCGUAUCCUUGCUCAGCAACGUCUCCUCGGAUGAUCUGCAAGGCAAGCGCCUCGGAAUCUUCUCCUACGGAUCUGGUCUUGCGUCUUCCCUAUUCGCGCUCAAGGUCAAUGGCAGCACUCAAGAGAUUGCUGAGAAGCUUGACCUGCAAAAGAAGCUUGACGGCCGUCGGGUUGUAUCUCCAGAGACCUACGAGGAGUUCUGUAACCUCCGCGAGAAGGCUCACCUCAAGAGCAACUACAAGCCUCAAGGAAGCAUCGACACCAUUGCACCAGGUACCUAUUAUCUUACUGAGGUUGAUGACAUGUUCCGCAGGAAGUACGAGAUUAAGCAAUAGAUGUGAUACAAGAAGGGCGUGAAACAUUCGCGCGUGGGGCAUUGAGGGCGUUUAGAACAGGCAUUAGAUACCAAUUUGGCAUUGACUCUGUGACUAGUCCGUACCGACUGUAGAUAUUCGGAAGAACUGUCAAACCACUUCUC